UGUUUAUGUUUAUGUUUGUGUUAUUUUUAUGUUUGUGUUUAUUAUAUUUGUGUUUUGUUUGUGUUUGUGUUUAUUGCUAUUUUUGUGUUUUAUGUUUUAUGUCUGUGUUUUUUGUUUUGUGUUUGUGUUUAUGUUUGUGUUUGUGUUUUAUAAAAUGAUUGUUUUGUGUUUUAAAAAAAGUUUGUUGUGUUUAUUUUGUGUU